GGAUGUGACCUUCUCCUGCCUGAAAUAUUGCAAGUUCUUAGAAGUUUCCGUGCACAUCCAAGGUGGCAGUUCACAUUAAGGAAAAACUAGGACUUGUGGCCACACCCUUCAAGAAUAAAAAAAGUUAGAAAAUGGGACCACCAUAUAUGGUAUGUGAGGAAAAACAAGAGCCAGGACCACAGAAGAGCAUAGAAGAAAACAAACAAGUAGAUGAAGAUGCUGAGCUGAUCUUUGUUGGGGUGGAACAUGUAAAUGAAGAUGCUGAGCUGAUCUUCGUUGGGGUGACUUCACAUUCAAAACCAGUCGUUUCCCACAUCUUGAACAGAGUCACCCCGGGUUCAUGUUCAAGGAGAAAAAAGUAUGGUAAGCUCAGAAAAGAUACUGCUCACAAAUUGCAGCCUGUAAGUCAUGUGACCCCUACAUCCGAAGCAGUGACUGUCUUGCCAGUUCCUGAGCCUGAAUCAAGAUUAACAGAUAGUCCUAUUAUUAUUGAGCCUUUGUCUGAACCUGCUUAUAGAAGUAAUUCACCACAAGUUGUGCCUAAUAGCUCUUCAGAGUUAUGUUCUCCUUUGAUUACAUUCACAAGUUCAUUGCAGCAUCCAGUGGGAUCAGCACUUUCUGUAAGAGGUCUGAGUAAAAGUCCUCGUGCAUCAAAGCGACUUCGCACUUCUGAAGUAAACAGCAUAAGUCCAAAAAGGCCUAAACUCAGUGACAAAAUCACAGGGGGACAGUCUUCAGUUGUGUCCUCUUCAGGAAUCUUUCAUACAAUGAUUCCUCAGCAAAGCACACCCUCAAAUGGUGUUCAUACCUCAUUAAGCCCUAUUCAGAACGGAGCACUUUUUCCAACAGCUUUUCCAAAGGACAAAGUCCAUUUCAAGACUAUAAAUCCUGUUGGAGAAAAUAGACUGACAAAAACAGAUCUUUUGAGCCUAGCAAGUCAAAACAAGACUGACGAUCUCAAGAAAGGAAAUCUGAUUGUGUUACUUCAUGACUUUUACUACGGACAGCAUCCAGGAGAUAGGCAGCCAGAACAGAAGACUCACACAACCUUUAAAUGCUUCAGCUGCAGGAAAGUUCUAAAAAAUGUCAAGUUUAUGAAUCACGUGAAGCACCAUUUGGAACUUGAGAAGCAGGGAGAUGACAAUUGGAAAAACCACACCACCUGCCAGCAUUGCCACCGGCAGUUUCCCACUCCCUUCCAGCUGCAGCGUCACAUCGAAAGUGUGCACACAGCCCAGGAGCCCUCCGCUGUCUGUAGAAUUUGUGAAUUGUCAUUUGAAACAGAUCAGGUUCUCUUACAGCACAUGAAGGACAAUCAUAAGCCUGGCGAAAUGCCCUACGUGUGCCAGGUUUGCAAUUAUAGAUCGUCGGCCUUUGCUGAUGUGGAAACACAUUUCAGAACCUGGCAUGCAAACACUAAGAAUCUGCUUUGUCCAUUUUGUCUCAAAAUUUUCAAACUGGCAGCACCCUACAUGUAUCAUUAUAGAGGACACUGGGAAAAGUUUAUUCAUCAGUGUUCCAAAUGCCGGCUACAGUUUUUAACUUUCAAGGAGAAAAUGGAGCACAAGACCCGGUGUCAUCAAAUGUUUAAGAAGCCUGAGCAACUGGAAGGAUUGCCUCCUGAAACUAAAGUUGUUAUUCAGGUAUCACUGGAGCCUCUUCAACCAGGGUCAGUGGAAGUAGCAUCCAUUAUUGUGAGCACAUCUGAUUCUGAACCAUCACCCUAGACCUAAAAGUAGAAUUAAAACAACAUCAAUAACAACAACAACCGUUAAUCCCAUUUUCAGGAAAUCUAAAGCAAGUACUUUAAUGAA